AUGUGGCUGGUGCAGAUAUUGUACUUUGUGGGCCUGCUGACGGUCUUUCUGCUGCUCGGCUACUGCGGCGAAAGUGUCAACGGAGACUUCUAUGGCAAUGCGAGUGCGAGUGCGAGGCUGCUGCGCUUCCGGGACUUUGAGCCCCGCCAGCCAGGGGACUUCCACUUGGGCGAGGCCUUCGCGGAGGAGGUGGACUCGGGCGUGGGUCGGCAGGGUCGCGGCUUUCACUUUCAGGCCAGCGACGAGGAUGUCAGCGUGGAGCUGGAGUUCAUCGUGCCAUUCGUUAGGGUGCCGGUGAAGCGCAGCAUGAGUCUGGCCCGGGACGCCGUGCAGAACCUCCUGAACCUGCGCACGGGAACGCUGCUCAACACGGCGGUUGUGGUGGCUGCGGGAGCCGUAAUCGCAGCCGUGGUGCGCCUUCUCCUGGCUCCGCUGGUGGUCACGUCGCUGGGCAACGGCAACGGCAACGGCAACGGAUACAGCUACAGAUCGGAUCACACCACCAGAGGCAUGCGCAGCCUAACGAAUGUGGUGGAGUCCCACCUGGAGGAGCACAACAUCGACAUGUCCGCCUGUGUGCAGCGCUACAUCUGCCAGUACCUGCAGCACAAUAUCUCCUCCAGCUAUGCGCGGCUUCUUCACUUGCUCGCCAGCUCUCCCUGGCUGGACUCCCUCACCAGGGGCACUGCAGUUCUGCACGCCAUCCAAACGGCACAGAGCAGUGGCAGUCGGACCUGUGGCAGCACCUACGCCAGAUGCAGACUCCCCCGAGGGUGGGGAAAGCCCCAGAACUCCCCCUGGACAGCGCGCACGUUGCCCAAAGUCCUGCAGUACUUCAAUGGAUGA